CCGCCGCCGUCGCUCCGGCUGCCUGCGGGCGCAGCGAGUCGCCCGAGCCCGCGUCCCCAGGACCCUACCGGCAUGGCGCGCGCCGCGGGGCCCGAGCGCCGGCUGCUGGUCGUCUACACCGGCGGCACCCUCGGCAUGCGGAGCGAGGGCGGGGUGCUGGUCCCCAGCCGAGACCUGGCUGCCGUGCUGCGAACGCUGCCCAUGUUCCAUGACGAGGCGCAUGCCCGGGCCUGGGGCCUCCCCGAUGACACCCUGGUGCUGCCGAAACCCCAUGAGGAGGGCCAGACAGGGAGCCUGCAUUCCACCUCCUGCAGCCCCGCCUGCCCUGACCAGAGGGUCAUCUACACAGUGCUGGAGCGCCAGCCCCUCCUGGACUCCAGCGACAUGACCAUCACGGAGUGGGUUCAGGUUGCCCAGAUCGUGGAGAGACACUACGAGCAGUACCACGGCUUUGUGGUCAUCCACGGCACCGACACGAUGGCCUUCGCCGCCUCCGUGCUGUCCUUCGUGCUGGAAAACCUGCACAAACCUGUCAUCCUCACUGGUGCCCAGGUGCCCAUCCACGCGCUGUGGAACGACGGCCGGGAGAACCUGCUGGGGGCGCUGCUCAUGGCCGGCCAGUACAUUAUCCCCGAGGUCUGCCUGUUCUUCCAGAAUCAGCUGUUUCGGGGCAACCGGGCAACCAAGGUGGACACCCAGAGGUUUGGGGCCUUCUGCUCCCCCAACCUGCCCCCGCUGGCCACUGUGGGCACAGACGUCACAGUCUCCUGGGAGCUGGUGCGGAAGGUCAGCCGGGAGGACCAGCUGGUGGUGCACAGCAGCGUGGAGCACAACGUGGGGCUACUGCGCCUCUACCCUGGCAUCCCCGCCUCCCUGGUUCGGGCCUUCCUGCAGCCCCCUCUCAAGGGUGUGGUCUUGGAGACCUUCGGUUCUGGCAAUGGGCCCACCAAGCCUGACCUGCUGCAGGAGCUGCGGGCAGCGGCCGAGCGCGGCCUGAUCCUUGUCAACUGCACCCACUGCCUUCAGGGGGCCGUGACCCCGGGCUAUGCAGCGGGCUUGGCUUCAGUGGGCGCCGGCAUCGUCUCAGGCUUCGACAUGACGUCAGAGGCCGCCCUGGCCAAGCUGUCCUAUGUCCUGGGCCGGCCGGGGUUGAGCCUGGAUGACAGGAAGCAGCUGCUGGCCAAGGAUCUUCGCGGGGAGAUGACGUUGCCCACCGUGGACAAGCACCAGUCCCCUCUGCAGGGCAGCAAGCUGGGUCACAGUGUUGCCUGGCUUCUGGGUCUGAGUGGCAGCCAGGAGGCAGAUGCCGUGCGGGACACCCUGGUGCCCAGCCUCGCCCUGGCUGCAGCCCACGCAGGUGACCUGGAGGCUCUGCAGGCGCUUGUGGAGCUGGGCAGUGGCCUGUGCCUGCAGGACCCUAACGGCCAAACCCUGUUGCAUGCGGCCGCGCGGAGGGGCCACGUGGGGGCAGUAACCAUGCUGCUGCGCAGGGGCGUGGAUGUGAGCGCCCGCGACCAGGACGGCCUCACCCCGCUGCUGCUGGCUGUGCGGGGCAGGCACUGGGGCGUCAUCCAGCUGCUGCGGGCAGCCGGGGCCUGCCUGUCCCCCCAGGACCUGGAGGACGCAGGGACAGAGCUGUGCAGGGUCCUGGCCAAGAGAACAGCCCAGUAGGGUGUGUGCAGCAGAGGUGCACCGCGUGAGGGCCCAAGGGGUGGAGCACUUGGGAAAGGCGGAGGCUGGAGACCCCUGUGCCGGGGGACAGUGUGUGGCCCAGCGCGAUGUCCCUGAGGCCAGGAGCCCCAGGCCCAGCGAGUGGGUGACUGGGGUCGGGCAGCCCAGCUGGGAAGCGGGGUGGGAGCCUGCUCUGUGGGGAGGACCCCUCCUCACCUGGCCCAGAGCCCCCAGUCCUGCAUGUGGGGUUGGGGGACCCAGGCCCCCUACCCUAGUCUUCUGUGCCCCAGGUGUGGGUGAUGUGCAGGGCAGGGGCUGGGCUAGGCUGAGGGUGCAGGGCUCCUAGAAGGGUGGGAGCUGGCCUUUGCUUUGAAGGGAUUUGUGGGGUGGCUUGGUCCAGGGCUGUACCCCAGGCAGGCCUCGGAGUCUUGAGAAACAGGCAGAGCCGGGUCCAUGGGAGCCGGGCUGGAACCAUCAUCUGGGACCCUGUUUCGGAGUGGGCUGGCCUCCAGGGGGUGCAGCAGGGAGCCGGCUGUGUGGAGUUGUGUGUGGGGGUCUGGGAGGGGCGGGUGGUGCCUUCCAGUGUGAUUCACCCAGAAAUUAUGAGGCGCCACUGUCUACCGCUGUAGACAGAUGCCUCCUGAUGAGGCGGAGUCACGGGCCUCGAGGGGCCUGGCCUUCCCGCCUCCCACCCCCAGGGCCCGUUGUGAAAUGAAGGGGGGCACUGGGCAUGGUCAUGUGUGCCAGAUCCUGUGCACCCUGAGCCUGGACGGAGUCACAGCCACACCCAGACUCCGGACCCAGGGCGGUGCGUUUGGGGCUGGCUGUGUGGAACCAGGAGGGGUGGGCAGCAGGGGCGCAUGGGUGGAUGGUGGCCAGCAGGCCCUGACGGCUCCCCGA